GCUUUAUUCCCACGUUCAUACAGACGGAAAAAUACUCACUCUCUUUUCCACAACGAGCAAGGGAAUCGUUUUAACAUGGUAUCCGCUGUGCUACAGAUGCUGGGCACAGCCCUGGCUAUCAUCGGUUGGAUCUGCGUUAUCGUUACCUGCGCUGUGCCCAUGUGGCGCGUCACAGCGUUCAUCGGACAGAACAUAGUCACUGCCCAGACCAACUGGGAAGGUAUCUGGAUGAGUUGUGUGGUACAGAGCACCGGACAGAUGCAGUGUAAAGUCUACGACUCCAUGCUGGCCCUCAGCUCAGACCUCCAAGCGGCUCGCGCCAUGUGCAUCGUCUCCAUCCUGGUGGGCCUCGUCGGUAUCAUGCUGGCAGGGGUGGGAGGGAAAUGCACCAACUGCAUCGAGGAUGAGAGUACCAAAGCCAAAGUAGGCCUUGUUUCGGGAGUGGUUUUCAUCAUCUCUGGAGUUCUGUGCUUGAUUCCGGUCUGCUGGACCGCCAACACCAUCAUAAGGGACUUCUACAACCCUUUGGUCGCCAGCGCACAGAAGAAUGAAUUAGGAGCUUCCUUCAACAUGGGAAGGAUCGCUAAAGAGAUUUCAGGACAAGUCCUGUGCUUCGUGGGAUUUGUUGGCGUAUGCCUGAGUUGUGGCCUUCCCAUGUGGCGGGUCACGACAUACAUCGGUGCCAACAUCGUCUCGGGUCAGAUCGUCUGGGACGGUUUGUGGAUGAAUUGUGUGAUGCAGAGCACAGGACAGAUGCAGUGUAAAAUCCAAGACUCAAUAAUGAAACAGACGCAGGACUUGCAAGCGGCACGGGCGCUGACGGUCAUCGCUAUACUAAUCAGCUUCGUUGGAAUGCUCUUGACGUUUGUCGGAGGACAAUGCAGUAGCUGUCUGAAGAGAGAGAGCUCCAUGGCUAAAGUCCUGAUCCUAGGUGGCAUCCUCUGCAUCAUAGCCGGAGUCGUUUGUCUCAUCCCUGUCUGCUGGUCCUGUGCCUACACCAUUUACGAUUACGAGAGUGUUCUCACCAUUCAGACCCAAAAAAGGGAGCUCGGAGCAUCCAUUUACAUCGGCUGGGGUGCUGCAGGAUUACUUUUGUUCGGAGGGAUCAUUUUGUGUACUUCCUGCCCACCGAGAGAAGAUAUGCAUGCCAAUUACCCUGCCAUGUACCCAUACCAAGGACCUAUGUAUGGGCCUCCAGGAACUUAUAUGCCUCCCAAAACAUAUGCCCCUAGCGUUACAUAUACUGGAACUGGGACGUAUGUUCCCAACAAACCUAUAUAUGCAGCUGUUCCAGGACAAUAUCUUUAAUUGGCACAUAUUUCUCACUGUUGUCUGUCGCUUUUGAAUUUAACUUGUAUUUACAUCAGUGUUUUGUUAUUUUGAAUGUAUAUACUCAACAAACUUUCUAUUA